CACGUCAUGAUUGAUGCCUCAGAUAACUGUCUGCAUGAAACCUUUAGUUGAUUAGAAGUCAGAGUAACUUCUUCUACUGAACGGAAUCAUGUCAAGGGGUCAAGAGGCCGACCAGGAACUCACCGAGGUGCUAAACCAGCUCUGGCACCUGGAUACCAACCGUCUCAGGCCGGGGACUGAUUACAUCAUUUCCCUCCAGGGGAGAGCAGGUUAUGUGGCUAAGGGCAGCAACUAUGCCAGAGACAAGGCCAGGGCUCCACUAUUCACAUACGUCAAUGAAGACAAACUCAAGGGUAUUGAGACAUAUUUACAUUUCAUCAACUUGCUGGACAACUAUGAGGUGUCCACGGGUGUAUCAGAGAGGGUGACGUCGGAGGAGAUUCAAGAGAACAGGCUCUUUAUCGAUUCCAUGAUGGAGACCGAUGUCAUGAAGUGUGCUCACAAGUAUCUGGUCAGGAAGAGGCAGUCGCCAUCAGACCCUGGGUAUUUCAAGAGACGGCUGUAUGACAUCUGGUUCCGCCUCUACCACAGGGACAGGAGAGGAGGACAGGAUUCCUGUGGGUUUGAACAUGUGUUUGUGGGAGAAACCAAGUACGGCCAGGAGAUCACGGGUUUUCACAACUGGAUCCAGUUCUACCUGCAGGAAAAGCACGACCACGUUGACUACAAAGGCUACAAAGCAAGAGGCAACAAAAAUACACCUGAUGAAGAUGACCACGUCCUGAACCUGCAGUUCAGUUGGAAAGGCCUGGUGAAGCCUAUCGGUGGCUGCUUCAUUGGUGUCAGUCCAGAGUUCGAGGUGGCUCUCUUCACCAUCAUCUUCCUCAUGUCGAAUGAGAAGAUGACCUCUGUGCAGGUGAAAGUGGACGAGUACGUGCUGGAGCUGGUUGUCUAUCGGCAUGGGAGAUCCAUCGGCACAUCCUACCCCAAACUGCUCAGCAGCAACCACAGGGAUUUGUAAUAUCACUCCACCGAAGCGGUCAUGUAAACAUUUACAUUUUUAACAAUUUCCGUUACACUUUGAUUUCAUUCCUAUGCAGUAUAACCCUAAGACAAAUCUGGAUCAGGUUCUCUUUGCACAAAACGUCAGGCUUAAACUUACCUAAUGAGUUUUCAGCCUAAACCCUCUGAUCUGGAUUGAUAUAGAAGGAAUAUAGCAUGUUGUAAUCAUUUAUCUGUCUUAUUCUGUAUACUAUUAUGGAGUAAAUAAAGUUUAUUUGUCUACAAAGUA